AUGAGUCCCCUAUUUGUCGAGAUCCACGGCACCACCCCUGCUACCGAAGGAGAUCUUCGAGUAAUCAUAGAAAAACAUGCAAGGUUAGAGGAGAUCCAACGAGAAAAUCCCAGAGCUCAUACUCAUCGUCCCUCACGCACGAAUUCUGUAGAACAAGCUAGCGGGUCCAAAAGAGGCAACUCGGAUGAACAACCUAGCGAGGACAGAAGAGAACGAAGAGAUGAUCUACGAAGAGAUGACCGGAAAUUCGAAGACCAGGUCUACACGAAGCUAAAUACCAUCUAUUCACACAUUCUGAAGGAAAUCAAGGGUCGGGAAAACCUCGAUUGGCCAUGGUCCAAGGGAAAGCAGCCCCCAAGAUCAGAAAAGUCGAGAGAAUACUGUGAAUAUCACUGUUUCAAUGGUCACCAAACAGAGAAAUGCAAGAAUCUCAAGAUAAUUAUUCAAAAGUUUAUUGACGCAGGAGAUCUUAAACAGUACGUACAGAGGACUAGCACCGAAGACAAGGCUAAACAAAGCAAGCAGGUUCAUAUACCUGAAGGAAACCGCACCCUUAACACCAUCUCAUGUUCUAAGACCACGGGGCCAUCCCUAACUGCCCAGAUAGGUAAAAGAUUGAGAAAGAAGUUUGAAGACUAUUGUGAGCUGUACAAAAUCGAUGGGGAAGAAGUGGAUGAACACGAACAAUGGAUGAACGCACCAAUGGUUUUCGACGCGGACGACGUCGAAGAAGAUAUGGAGGACCACAACGACCCUCUAGUUCUCACGCUGCCAGUAGUAAGGUGCAACAUCAAGAAGAUACACAUCGAUGGAGGAAGCUCAGUCAAUGUUUUAUUCUAUGAUACAUUCAAACGAAUGGAACUCAACGAUGAACAACUGUUAUCUUCGUACUACACUAUCUACGGUUUCAACGGAGCAGCCACGAAGCCUUUAGGAGACAUUGUAUUGCAAGUAGACGCAGGGCCAAUAAAGGUCGACACGCGGUUCAGUGUGGUGGAUGCACCAUCACCCUAUAACGCCAUAAUUGGCCGAAGGUGGGUACAAAAACUCAAAGGAGUGGCGGCUACCUAUCACAAAUACCUUAGGUUUUCAACUCCCCAAGGGAUAAUAGAAAUAAAAGGAGACCAGGGCACUGCGCGAGAAUGUUAA